AUGCCUGGACCAACAAGAGGGAGCCCAGGCUGCCUUCUAUGUAAAGCUCGCAAAGUAAGAUGCGACAAAGCCCAGGGUCCCUGCAUGCAGUGCAGUCGCAUGCGUCUAGAAUGUCCUGGCCUUGGCGAUGAGGAGGUGACAUCGCAAGAGCUUCACUCAAUCGUCGAUGACGCCUUUCAGCAUGCAGGCCGUCGGAGACGGGUUGUUGGUGCUUGUCAGGAAUGCCAGGUCGCCAAAAUCCGAUGUAGUCGUGAGAAACCUCGCUGCCAGAGCUGUAUCUCGAGGGCUCUUGGCUGUGUGUACUCCGGAGACCGGGUAAAAAGGCGUCGGGUGGAUCGCGAGGUGGUACAGAAAUCACCCUCCUCUCCGUGGCAAUUGCAACCUGUGACUCGAGAAAAUGAGUGGAUGGCCUCUCUGAGCCUUCCAGAUGAUACGAAUAAAAUACGACAACUUGUCGAGGCUUACUUCAUGCACAUCCAUCCUCUUCGCUGUUUAAGUUUUAUCCACAAGCCAUCUUUCAUGCACGCAAUUGACAAUGGCGAAGCCACGGAAGAAUUUGGCGAGGCGCUUCUCUAUAUAAUGUGCGCCUUUGGGUCCAGAUAUUACAAUUUUUCAGCCUCGGCAAUACAGACAGGAAAUCAGGACCUCGGGACAGGCUGGGUCGAAAGGGCACAGGAGCUUGCAUUUAUCAAACUUGGAAAGCCAAGCGUGUCAAAUCUGAUGGCACUGGUUCUUUUAUGUGAAUGGCACAUUCGUUUUGGACAGGAAAGCACAGCGUUUACGAUUUCCGGAAUCGCCUCUCGCCUCGCUCAGUUGCUGCGACUAGACUCUGAGCCCACCCCUGAGAGUCUGACUGGAAUACCGAUGGCCUUAGUCACGGCCGAAAAAGAAGCGCGACGACGGCUAGUUUGGUCUUGCUACAAUCUGGACGUGCAUAUAAGCUCUGGAGUGGAUCUUAUAUCCAGCUGGCCUUCGGUACCCAAGACGCAUCUUCCAUGCUCAGGUCGGGAAUUUAAUCUACAGAUUGAGUGUGAGACAGGGACGCUUCGAGAGGGACCGGAAUUCUUGGAUGGACUCAAUAAAACUACGAGCUUGAGUCUCGAGGCAUAUUUUGUUUACAUUAUGUACCUGCGCAAACAGGUUCUCAGCGUGAUUCGAAAAGAAGGAAACGAUGCCGUGCCUGAGUUUGACAAGCUUGUUUCCACUUUGGAAAAAUGUGGCGAGUCUUUCCCAAGGCACCUGCAACUCAACGAGAUGAAUGCAUAUGUCCAUGAAGAGAACCAUCAGCUUUCGGCAUUCUACGCACUCCAUCUACUCUACAACCAAUGCUUCUGCGAUCUUUACCGCAUAGCUCUUCCAGGUUACAGGUUUCCUUUAUCAUCGGCCCUUAUAAAAAGCCGACCGGAUAGCAUGCGAAGUCUUCAAUCAGAAUGCGUGGGACGCGCUCAAAAACUGACAGGGAUCUUACAAAGCGCGUUGAACCGCGGCCUCAAAGCCUUCACCGACUCAGUAAUGUCAGACAGUACUUCUGUAAGCAAAAAUAUUGAUAUCAACCUGGCCUCGCUGGAUGUCAUUCUCGGUCGAAGUAAGAAGCGAGAUGCGCUGUUCUCCUCACUAUCAAAACUGCUUCAAGAAUUUGGAUUUUUAGAGCUGGCUAACCAGUGGCUGGAACGAAACAAAAUGAGCUUCCCCGGUUCUCAUACGCGCGAAGACUCAUCGCCAGAAACACAUCAUUUGCACCCGCUAGCAAACUAUCGCAUGACCUGGAAAGAGAUCUCAUGGCCCCAAAAAGCCAAUGGAAAUACCGAAAUCCCAGUCUCGCAAGCGACUAAUUUCCUAGUUAUUGAGGAUUACGCUAGAGAGAAGUCGAUGGACCCUGCCCUUGCAGCAAUGCCAUCCGACGAAUACUCUCUGGAUAUCAAUGAUUUAACAUCGAUGGGCGAUACAUUUAUGCCUGAUAUCGACUCCUAUCUGCAAAUGGCAGAUGAAUUCUCGUCUUACUUGACGUGGGAUCCUUGGAACUUUGGAAUCGCUUGA